AUGGACGGGGCCAACGCGACCCUCCCCAACGCCUCCAGCGGCCAGAACGCCUCUGACUGGAACCCCCGCGGGGACAUUCCCGUCGUGCACUGGGCGAUCAUGACCAUCUCCCCCGUGGGCUUCGUGGAGAACGGGGUCCUCCUCUGGUUCCUCUGCUUCCGGAUGAGGAGAAACCCCUUCACGGUCUAUAUCACUCACCUGUCGAUUGCUGACAUCUCCCUGCUCUUCUGUAUCUUCAUUCUGUCCGUGGACUACGCUUUCCAGAUCGAGCUCACUUCCGGCUACUAUACCAUCGUCACCUUAUCGGUGACUUUUCUGUUUGGCUACAACACGGGCCUCUACCUGCUGACGGCCAUCAGCGUGGAGAGGUGCCUGUCCGUCCUGUACCCCAUCUGGUACCGGUGCCAUCGCCCCAAGCACCAGUCGGCCUGCGUCUGUGCGCUGCUGUGGGCACUGUCCUGCCUGGUGACCACCAUGGAGUAUGUCAAGUGCAUCGACCACGAGGAGCAGAGCCCCUCGCGCGGGGACUGCCGGGCGGUGAUCGUCUUCAUCGGCGUCCUGAGCUUCCUGGUCUUCACGCCGCUCAUGCUGGUGUCCAGCACCGUCCUGGUGGUGAAGAUCCGGAGGAACACGUGGGCCUCCCACUCCUCGAAGCUGUACCUGGUCAUCACGGUGACCAUCGUCAUCUUCCUCAUCUGCGCCAUGCCCAUGCGGCUCCUCUACCUGCUGUACUACGAGUACUGGGCCACCUUCCGGAGCCUGCACCACGUCUCCCUCCUCUUCUCCACCAUCAACAGCAGCGCCAACCCCUUUAUCUACUUCUUCGUGGGCAGCAGUAAGAAGAAGCGGUUCAAGGAGUCCCUGAAAGUGGUGCUGACCAGGGCUUUCAAGGACGAGACGCAGCCCAGACGGCAGGACGAUGGCGAGAACGCCACGGCCAUCGAGACUGUGGUCUGA